AUGAGUUCUACAGUGAAAAGAAAGCAAUUUUCGUUGGAAGAGAAGAAAAACAUAAUUUCUGAAGUAGACAAAGGAUUGAAGAAAGGCGAGGUGGCAAAAAAGUAUGGCAUAUCUCCAUCUACAUUGUCAACCAUUUUGAAGGACCGAGAAAGCAUCUUGAAACAACUGCAGACUUCUGUUUUUGACCCGAGCAGGAAAAGGAUACAAACGUUCCUUUUAAUUCGAGAAAAAGCCUUAGAAUUUGCUAAAAUGCUCGAAGUUGAGAAUUUCCAAGCAACUGUCGGAUGGUUAAAUCGUUUCCGUGAGCGGUAUGGUGUGUUGUCCAAAUGCAUUUCUGGAGAGGCGAGUGACGUGCCAAUGAAUUCUGUUAACGAAUGGCGAAAUGGAGAAGUUGCUGCACUCAUCAAGAAAUACAACCCGGACGAUGUCUUUAAUGCGAAUGAAUCUGGAGUGUUUUUUCAGCUUGAACCAAAAAGGACAUUAGCCCAGAAAGGAAACAAGUGUGUAGGGGGUAAAGCUUCCAAACAACGCAUCACCGCUCUGUUCUGUUGUAACAAAUCGGGAACGGAGAAACGAAAAAUCCUCAUCAUUGGCAAAUCUGCAAAACCUCGUUGUUUUAAAAACUGUAAAUCAUUGCCAUGCAUCUAUAAAUUUAACAAGAAAGCAUGGAUGACCCAAAUAAUUUUUAAUGAUUGGUUGAUAGAUUUUGAUACAGAAAUGAAAAAGAAGAAGAGGAAAAUUCUUCUUCUUAUCGACAACUGCACUCCACAUAAUGCACCACCAAAAUUGGAUAACAUUCGUGUGGAAUAUUUUCCACCUAACUGCACAGCUGUACUUCAACCUCUUGACCAAGGUAUCAUCAGAGCUGUAAAAUCACGCUACAGAACCUUUUUGUUACGUCAAAUUUUAUGCGAUUUGGAGAAAAAUAUCCAAAGAAAAUGCAAUGUGAAGGAAGCUAUCGAAUGGAUAUGCGGAGCUUGGGAUGAUAUCAGUCAAUCAACAAUAACUAACUGUUGGAAACAUGCAACCACAACCAAAGACGCCAAUUCUGUUUCAGAAGUGGCCGAAUAUGAUGAAUCAAAUACGCACAAUAUCCAACAAUCUGAGUUAGAGCAAAUUUGGAGCACUGCAAAAAAGAAAACGUCGCUUCCUGACGACGUGAAUUUAGAAUAUUAUCUCGGUGCAGAUGACAACGUUUCAACAUGUUAUGAACUAACCGAAGUAGACAUCGUUCAAUCCAUUAAAGACAGCAAAGAUGAGGCCACCGAUGAAAGUAGUGGAGACGAAGACGAAGAAGCUGUGAUGGGAAAUGAUGUGCGCAAUGUCACUUCAUCAGAAGCCUUAACAAGUUUGGAAGUAAUGCGAACAUUCAUUACAUCACAGAGUGAUGUACCAGACUUCAUCUUUACAAACAUUCACCAACUACAAAAUUAUUUACUUUCUAUUAAAACAGCAAACCUUGUUCAAAAGAAAAUUGUUGAUUUUCUAUAA